UCACAACACAAUGAACAAAAAAAAUCCCGUUAAACGAAAGUGUAUAAUAAAAAUAAAAUAAUUCAUAUCAAACAAAAAGCGUCUUAUGACCCAGUGCUUAAUAUAGCUCGCUCACGUUAAAUUAUAAUUAAAAUAAAGAAUAUAACAAGAGUAUAAGUAUGAGUAUAAUAAUAAAAGAACCGAGUAAGAGCAAAAAGUUGCAACGUAAACAUACGUAUUGACAUUGCUGAAUACACUUUACUUAACUUGUUCCGUGAUUAAUUUUUCAGCUUUAUCUUUUAUCUUUUAUCUGACAUAAGACACAAGACCUAAUAGGGUAGAUUAGACUGCGAUAAUAUUAUAUCAAAUAUGUGUGUACAUAUAUAUUGUGUACUAUUGUAUACUGAGCAAAAAAACAUGAGGUGGAGGAUUGCUGGUAGACAUGAUGAAGAGAGCAACUCAAACGAAGCAAUACGCGGAAUUAGACCACGCGAUCAGGACCAAAGUCGAGCCAUUUCUCUAUAACAAGGGCAAAGGCGCUUGGAUUCCUAUCGCGAAGCUCGUGAUGCUGAGAAACAAAGAUCGCCCACGCCACAAGAUGUUACCUGUUUUCAAAGCCAUGGAAAAUCCCGCGGAUUAUGACGUUACCAAAGAUAUCGAUGACAGUAUAGUCGAUGAUAGUAAAAUAGACAAAAGUAAAUAUAGAGAAGUAUGCUGGAAUCUGAGUGAACGGGGAGCGGUAGGAGAAACAAUAUUGCAUCUGUGUAUGUUGAAUGCAACAGCUCUCCAUGCAGAUCUCGCUAAACGAUUACUGCGCUUUUAUCCCCGGCUUAUUAAUGACAUUUACAUCAGCGAUGAGUAUUACGGCGAAAACGUUUUGCACAUCGCGAUAGUAAACGAGGACCCGGCGAUGGUGAAGUACCUUUUGGACAGCGGAGCGGACGUCCACGAACGCUGUUUCGGGAACUUCAUGUGCCCGGAAGACCAAAAAGCAUCGAGAUCUGACAGCCUGGAUCAUGAAUGGGUCUCUGUUACUACAGAGACUAAUUACGACGGAUAUGUUUACUGGGGUGAAUAUCCGCUGAGCUUCGCCGCGUGCUUGGGCCAAGAAGAGUGCUAUCGGUUGAUGCUUGCCAGAGGUGCUGAUCCUGACAAACAAGACACUAAUGGAAAUACCGUGCUGCACAUGCUGGUUAUUUAUCAAAAAUUGGCAACUUUCGACAUGGCUUAUGAAGUCGGAGCCUCUUUGCCAAUUCGCAAUAACUUGCAGCUAACUCCCUUGACUUUAUCAGCAAAACUAGCGCGAAUUGAGAUGUUCUUCCACAUAAUGAACAUAGAACGUGAAAUUUACUGGCAGAUCGGGAGUAUAACCUGCGCGGCUUAUCCCCUAGGCCAGGUAGACACAAUAGACGUAAACACUGGAACAAUCAACAACAAUUCCGCAUUGAACCUGGUGGUCUUCGGAGAAAAGGACGAACAUCUGGAGCUGAUGGACGGCGUGUUAGUUGACCUCUUGAACGCUAAAUGGAACACUUUCAUAAAGUCAAGGUUCUACCGGCAGUUCUUUCUGUUCUGCUUCUACUUCGUCCUGUCCUUGAUAAGCUUCACACUAAGACCAGGUCCUAUUUCAUCUUCCGCGACUCCAAAUGCCACCAAAUCGACUAUGGCUUACACGGAUUCGGUGACUGACGCGAUCAAUCAAGAGCCUUCGCAACUGUCUCAGUUGAUUGACGUGCUGGCAACUUCUUUGACGUCAAACUUUGCAAACGCAAAUCUGACGUCUGUGGAAUUGGAAAAUUUUCUCACUCAGAUGUCCUUGAAUGCCAGUAAGCUUCUAAGUGAGACCUCCAAUGCUUCUAGAGAAAGUUUUAAUAGAUCGGAUGUUUCCUUGGAUCAUAGAGAGGAUGAUAAAAGUGGAAGUAAGGCUGAGUAUGCUGUCACUGAGUCGUUUCUUGACUUGCUGCCGACUUUGCCCAGUUGGGGGUUCACGGAAAAUUGGUGGGAAGAUUUAACAGAAGAAUGCAGACUGAUGCGCUUAGAAAGUUCGACAGCAAAAAUCCGUCUCACCGCUGAAGUUUUCAUGGAAUUCGGCGCAAUCUUUUACAUCGCAGCAGCACUACGAGAAGCUCGUUUCCUGGGUCUCAAUAUGUUCAUUGAAAAUCUGAUGACAGCGCCAUCGCGAGUGAUGUUUCUCUUUUCCUGCUGCAUCCUUCUGUCAUUUCCAUUCCUAAGGAUGGCUUGCCAAGACAAAGUGGAAGACAUUCUGGCCGUAGUGGUGAUGUUGACAACGGCUCCAUACUUUCUUUUCUUCUGCCGAGGGUUCAAAACAGUCGGGCCCUUCGUGGUGAUGAUCUACCGCAUGAUAAUGGGAGACCUUCUGAGAUUCGUCUCCAUCUACUUGGUCUUCGUAAUGGGAUUUUCUCAAGCAUACUACAUAAUAUACUUAUCAUUCGACGAUCCACAAACACCCGAGGGUAUCGAUGACACUGUGAGUAACCCAAUGCCCUCGCCAAUGGAAAGCGUCAUGGCUAUGUUUUUAAUAAGUUUAUCAAAUUUCGGCGAUUACUACAGUACAUUUGAGCGCACUGCUUACGAAAUGGAAGCUAAGUGCCUGUUUGUAGUCUACAUGGCGAUAGUAGCGAUUUUGCUGGUAAAUAUGUUAAUCGCUAUGAUGGGUAACACGUAUCAGAAAAUAGCCGAGACGCGCAACGAGUGGCAGCGACAGUGGGCAAGAAUUGUCUUGGUCGUUGAACGAGGUGUAAGUCCUGCUGAGAGGUUGAAAAAGCUAAUGGAUUAUUCUCAACCAAUGUCUGAUGGAAGACGUGCUCUUGUACUCCGUUUACAUCAAUCAGAAGACGAUAAAGAAGAAAUGAAGGAAAUAUUGGAAAUGAAACGCACCCACGAUAGACUGUACAAAAAACGGAUGGCUCGGAACAAAAAAGACAAGUCUCUGAGUAUAACGUGAAUUUAUUUUUUCACACCUAAAUUUAUGCUGUUCAAUAAUAAAUAACAACUGUUUGGAUCAAUCUUGGGGUGAACUGUAAGCGAAAUUUUCCACGAAGUCUAUAUGAAGAUAUUUAUUGAAAAAAUAUCAACAGAUCUGUUUUUUAAAUU